UCUAUUCUUCUCUGUUUUUCACACUCGUAUUGCCGCCAUUUUUAUUGUUUUAUGUAUUCUCGUUUUAUUUGUAAUUUCGAGAAAACUGUUAAUAAAUAAUUCUGCACAUUAUUAUUUAAUAUCAAAACACCUGUUAAAAAAGAAGCUCACUCGGUACAACUUCCCCGUCCUAAACGCCCUGGUUGAAUAAUAAGCAGUAUGAAACGGGACGCCUACGGAGACGAUGGUCCAAUGCAUAAACGCCAGCGACAAACCGAUGACGAAGUCACCUUCCUCAUCCCGAGCAAGGUGGCGGGAUCAAUUAUUGGAAAAGGAGGAUCCAAUAUAUCAAAGCUGAGAAACGAGUACAAAGCCUCUAUAACAGUCCCAGAUUGCCCCGGCCCCGAACGGGUACUGUCCAUAACGGCGUCGGAUAUCGACACUAUUCUGGAGAUCGUAAAGGAUAUACUUCCAAAUUUGGCUGAUGGCGGUCCGAAAGGCAACAUGAACGAUGACUUGGACGUCCGUCUACUGAUCCACCAGAGCAGAGCGGGCUGUGUCAUCGGCAAAGCUGGUGCCAAGAUCAAGGAGCUGAGAGAGAAAACCGGCGCCCGACUGAAGAUCUUCUCGAACCCGGCGCCGCAGAGUCUGGAGCGCGUGGUGCAGCUGGUGGGCAAGGCGGACUGCGUCGCGGCCGGCGUACGGGAAGUGCUUAACCUCAUCCGACAGGUGCCGAUUAAAGGGGCCAUCCAGAACUACGACCCGCACAACUACGAUGAUUACUACGCAGACGAGUAUGGUGGCUUCGGUAGCGGCCAGGCGCCUCGCAGCGGACCUCGUGGCGGACCGCCACGCGGCCCGCCGCGUGGACCCCCGCCCAUGGGGCCCGGAGGAAGAGGACCCCCUCCGCCGAGAGGAGGCCCACCCAUGGGCCGCAGUGGACCAGGGGGCCCACCUCCCAGAGCCUUCAACGACUUCUCAGGCCCCGGGCCCCGUAACAACUUCAACGGCCCCCCGCGCGGAGGGUUCGGCGGCAACAACUUCGGUGGGGGCAACUUUGGGGGCCGAUCGGGGGGCGGCAACUUCAACGGCAACGGCGGCGGCAACCAGCAGGAGACUAGCACACAAGUUACCAUACCUAAAGAUUUGGCGGGCGCGAUAAUCGGCAAGUCUGGCACUCGCAUCCGCAAGAUCCGCGCGGAGUCUGGCGCCGGCAUAGAGAUCGCGGAGCCGCUGCCCGGCGCCAGCGACCGCAUCAUCACCAUCACCGGCACCCCGCAGCGCAUACAGAAGGCGCAGUAUCUCCUGCAGCAGAGUGUACACGAAAGCAACCCGAACCUCGGCCGUGGAAACUUUUGAUUUUGAAGGUUAAUUACAUAAGUUUAGUUGAUAAGUUACCACUCACGAACAUACAUACAUCAGAUAAACUAUUUUCUUGAGGCUCAUAUUGUUUUGUAUGGAGUUUGAAAUGAAAAAACAUUGAUUUACGGGUUUUCCUUAUAACCAUGUAUUAAAAUUAAUGAAAUUUAAGAGAAAUAUUGCAUUUAUCAUUAAUUAACUAUUAAUAUUGAAAAGGUAAACUAAGAUUGUGUUUUAAAGGGCAAUGAUUUAAAUUUUAAUUUACUGAUUUGUUACAUCGAUAUUGUAUUUAUAAGUAAAUAAAGAAUAGGAAUAAAAGGUUUAUUUUGUGAA